AUGUACGGAGUAAGGAAUUUUGGUCACUGGUUUGUUGGUGGUUGUGGUCGCGCUGCUAGGUACUCGUUGUGGUGGGUGGUGGGUAGUGCGCGAUGUGAAGGUCCUAUUCUGUUUUCCCUUCCCUUUCUUCCUUUUCGAGGGUGGGUCAGAUAUUCGGAAAGUGAAGGCAAAGGCGCAGGCGCAGGUUGA